AUGGACCAAGAACGGUUCAGCGGCUGGAGUCCUCCACGAGACGACCUCGAUGGUCUGAUUUCGGGAUAUGAUGCAUCUACUUCGACACCAGAGAUUGACGGGACUGCAUGGAGUGAACAAGGCACCGCGACGUCCUCUCCUCAACCAACACGCUAUCUCGAGCCUUCCUCUGCGGGCAUUAUCAGAUCCCCUCUUCAGCAACCCACGAGCACGGUCCCCAGUUCGAGACCACUCCCUCAGCGAAGGAUAGCUUCUUCGAACCAAAUCCCUGGCUUGGCCUAUGGAGAGCAACCUCCACCAGUCUCGUUCGAGCCUCCUCUUCGAUCAAUUUUCGUGUCCGGACCGCCCACUGCUUCAGUCUCCGCGAACACCGCUUUGGCAUCUCUCAGUGCUGCAGUGUCCUCGAACAAUUCAGGCUCAUUGGCAGCUCUAACAAGCGCCGGUGGAAGUCGGCGCGCCAAUACAAGGGCAGGAGACAGCACCCUCUCAGCUUCACUGGCUGCCUCGAGCAGUCGACAUCCUCUGCUCAAUCCUGAAAAGGAUGUAGAUGACCCGACGACAAGUGCAAUCACCAACCCUUUUGAUUCCGAUUCUGCAAACACCUCUGCUACCCUUGCCCGUCUGUUCAUUACGAGCGACGGAACAAGUCCUGAUCCAACAUCUAGAGGUGCUUCCCAGCUUCGAACCGUGUCCACUGUCAGCCGAAGUAUAGGUGGUACGUCAACACUUACAGGGCAUCUCUUCCACCAUGGCUUUGAGGAAGGCCGCCACUCAGACAUUACUGUGUAUGCAUUCGGUCAGAGUUACAGACUUCACAAACUUCUCCUCGAUCGUGUGCCAUACUUUUCGUCUGCAUUCUCUGGAUCUUGGGCGGAGAGCACGGCGCGAGAGAUGAAAAUCCCCUGCGAAGACCUCGAUCCCAAUAUCACUAAAAAUGCCUUCGAGCUUGCUCUGAAGAGGAUCUAUGGAACGCAGUUUCCGGUUCAAGAAGAGGAAGAAGCCAUUGGGCUGUUCGCUACAGCUUGUUGGCUUGAUAUGCCUGACCUGGUAGACUCCUGUGUUGACUCAAUCCUUCGCCAGAUGCAGCCAGCUACCCUUCACAGCUUGAUCAAGCUAGUAACUAACAACUACUACGGAAAAGCUGGGGAUCGAAUUCUCUCUUCUGCGAAAGCCAUGCUCUGCAAAGAUGGUUGGGAGAUGCCAUAUGGGUACUGGGAUGAGAUCCCGGCCGAGAUCAUCCGCGAGAUCGUUGGCGGGGACCCUUUCUUUGUACCAUGCGAGUGGGAGCGUUGGUAUCUCUCGUUAAAGCUCUUGAAUCGCCGACUGAGGGCCAAAGCCAUCGAAAGCGGGCUAGUUUCUCCUAGUGGUCGAUAUCUACAUCCCAAACCGACAAGUCUGCGAUUCUUUGCCGUGAGAUUUGAUGCACCUUACAGGAUAACCGGGCACAAUCGGUACGUUUCCGAAAAGGAUGAGGCCUGGGUUGCGCUAUACACCUCUCCUGAAAUUGCCCCAAUCCUCGUGCUCCUGGAUGAAGGGAUCCAUUACGUUCAUCUUCGUUUCGAACAAUUGCAGCAAAUUCGGACACAAAAAGACAUCCUUGGAGUCCCAGUCCUCCCGGAGAAGGUCAUAGGCGAUGCCUUAUGGAUGUCGAUGGAACUUCGUCAGAAAGUUCUCAAUGCUCGGGAGACUGACGAGACACUCGGAUUGAGCGAGGUAGCGGAAGAUUUCGAAGCUGCCGAGGAGCACUCCGAGCAAACAUCAAUCCAUAAGAAAGGGAAGUCGCGAGACAAUGGCCCGGUCAGCUCAAAUGAAGCCUCUGAGGAAAUGGAGUCUGGCUCCUGGGAUGGCAACGGCAAGCCUCGAAAGUUUUGGAUUCCGAACCACGAUGUCUCCUGCGUUAUGGGAGGCACGCGAGAAGCUUGUGUAGCUGCCAACUCUACGAGCGUUGCAGAAUGGAGCACUCAUGCAGCCAGGUUGUCGGCUAGCCUUGAGCCCACUGACGUCGCGUGGGCUCUCGACUUCACAAGUGGCAAUAUAAUUGACAGCGGCAGGCCUCCGUCGAGAGGCUAUUCGCCAACGUCGACGCCUCGUUUCAGCUACUACCCCCCCUUUCGGUUUUCGGCGGAAUUUCCAAGCCCGCGGACACUGAAAGAGAAGAAACGUGUCUAUUCACACACAGUUUGGUAUGCGGGGAGUCUGUGGAACCUCUAUAUCCAGCGAGUCAAUAAUUCGAAAGUCCAACAGCUGGGCAUAUACUUGCACAGAGCCAAGGAUAAAGAUCCAUGUGAAGACCCACUUGCCUUGUGGAUGUCUUCCACCGUAGACGAUCGCAUCGGACAGCUGGAGCGGGAGAUGCUACUUCGGAAGAAUGAACGGCGGAACCGAAGCUGGCACGUCAAUGAGCCCAUUCGAGGAUCGGCGGUCGAGCCGGAGGAUGCAUCAGUAGAGUCAACAAAUGAGUACGACAGUUCCAAUCUGCAGGUCAGUGAAGGCGAAAGAGUGUCUUUACGACGGCGGUCGGCAAAGUCGGCGCAGAAGUCCUCGCAGAACCCAGAAACUGCAGGACAACUGUCCAGCGACUCCUCUCCCCCCGAUAUACUGAUGCUAGAUUCAGAUGAGGAGGACGCAGAGUUGUUACGGACAAACAGGAAAUACAAUGUUUCCGCAAUGCCGCCCUACAUGGACGGGCGUCCAACCAUCCGGACAUAUUUUAAGAUCUAUUCGCCCAGCAAGGGCGGGCGACUUUUGAGCAUCUACGAGAGCGCCCCAGACAAGUUCGAUGUCAGCAAAAGUUGGGGAUGGAAAAGCAGCCAAAUGCAGCUCGACGACGGGAUUGGCGCAUGUGACACGACGAAGUCUAGCAAGGACGGGAAGUUGAGGUAUAUGGUCGUCAUUGGCAACAUUUGA